GAGAAAACCACCAAGGAAACGUUCUAAACCGAGGGCUUGGAGCCAAACUGUAAGUUGUGGUUAAAAUCUGCGGAUACUGUAUUUUGCGAUUGCUUGAAGGAUUCGAGAAUGGGAUGGGUGUGGAGGGACGACGAUGACGACCAACAAAUAUCUUCUCGUGGCAUUAGCGAAUUUGGGAGAUCUGACCAUUCCGAGGAACGUUGUUCCACCAGAAAGGUCGUGAAAUCCCAGUGCAGAACAGAGGAGGUCGAGCCUGGAAAAUUCGUCAGGAAGUGCGAGAAAACAGAAGAGGUCCUCAGGGAUUGUAUUGGAAAGCCCGUGGAAGUGAUACAAUCAAAUAAGGAGGUCACUGAAGAAGAUGUCACUGAUGCGAUUCAGAGGGGAGGGUCAUUCAUGUUUGGGUCAUCAGGGCUGCAAAGUGACAUUGAGGCAAUUGAGCGUAACUUCUUUGGAGGUCUCAGUCGCUUUUUUGAAGCAGCUGAAGAAAUGAGCAAUGGCUUCUUUGACGUGUUUGCAAGGGCUCCACGAAUCUUUGAUGCGGACUCAUCAUCCUCCACGAGGAAGGGUAUACCUAUUGAAGAAUUUCCUGUACGGGAUGCCUUUCCUAAAUCCAAACCCAAAGAGUACGUAUCAAUAGAUGCCAAUCUAUCUGGAUUGGCUAAAGACGUUUGAAGGGAGAAACUCACUGAUAGUAUAUUGUGAAAGCGCAGACUUUACAAAAGAAUGCACAUUCCAAUAACGUGUUUCUUCUGCGUUGAUUUUUCACAUUUUCAAGUAAUAUGGGAAUUAGGGUUCCGAUUUUAUGAAUGAACAGCUACCGAGUUCCUAUCUUUUCCUUUAAA